GCCCUCCUACGCAGAGCCGUGAUGAUCCAGCGCCGCAGGCCGUCCUCCGGCCUCUGGAAGGUGCAGGAAGCAAAGGAAGGCUGGGAGCGUAGCCUUGGCCCCACAGACAGCUGGCAGCAGGGCACCCACAGAGCCCUGAUCCAUCCCUGCUCCCCAGAUCGUGGUGUGGGACGAGCCCUUCUUCCAGGGCAAGCGGCACGAGUUCACCACCGACUGCUACAGCACGCCGGAGCGUGGCUUCAGCACCGUGCGCUCCUUCAGGAUCGAGAGUGGGGCGUGAGUGUGGGGCCAGGGGAUCCUGUGGGGCUGGGGUUCCCCAAGGCACUCACCCUUGGCUCCCGCAGCUGGGUGGGCUUCGAGCACUGCGGUUUCCAGGGACAGCAGUUCGUGUUGGAGCGUGGUGAGUAUCCGUGCUGGGAGGCGUGGAGUGGCAGCAACGCCUACCACGUGGACAGGAUGAGCUCCUUCCGCCCCAUCACCUGUGCUGAGCACGGGCGCAGCCAGCUGCUGCUGUUCGAGCAGGAGAACUUCCAGGGCAGGAGGGGGGAGCUGAGCGAUGACUGCCCCUCGCUGCCCGAGCUGGGCUGGGGUGGCAGUGCCGUGGGCUCCUUUCUCGUCUGCUCCGGCGCGUGGGUUUGCUCACAGUACCCCGGGUACCGGGGCUUCCAGUACCUCCUGGAGAGCGACAGCCAUGCCGGCGAGUACAAGCACGUUCGGGAGUGGGGCUCCCAUGCACAGACGGGCCAGGUGCAGUCCAUCCGCAGGGUCCAGCAGUGAUUGCCAGCUCCACACUUGCAGGCACCCCCCAGACUGUGCUGUGACGGUGGCAAAGCUCAAUAAAAGCUCCAUUGUCCAACAUGGUGUGUUCACACUUGGAGGAGGGGUAUGUGGGCUGGGAGCGGCAAUGGGGCACCUCAGGGGUGCCCAUGUCCCCACCACUGCCAGGGGACUUGAACCAGCACUGUGGCUCCAACCAGAC